GCGCGGGAAGCCUCCUCGGGGUCCCCGCGGGCGCGCACUCGGGCGGCCGGGCGAUGGAGGCGCUGGCCGAGCUGCUGGCCGCGCUGCCCGCACUGGCCACGGCGCUGGCGCUGCUGCUCGCCUGGCUGCUGCUGCGGCGCCGGCCGGCCGCGAGCUCGGACCCCGCCCGCGCGGCCCCGGAGCCCGCGCCCCCGCCCGCGGCCAGGGCACCCUCGGCGCCGCCCGGCCCCGCAGCCACGGAGAACGCGGCCGCGCCCCAGGAGCCGGGGGAGCCCGCGGAGCCGGCGGAGGAACAGGCCGCCGCGGAGAAGCAGGAAGAGGAGCAGGAGCAGGACAGCGAGGAGGAAGCACCCCCAGCAGAGCCUGAGGAAGACGAUGGAGGAGAGGCCUUCCUCAAGUACAGCCCCGGGAAGCUGCGCGGCAGCCAGUACAAGAGGAUGAUGACCAAGGAGGAGCUGGAGGAGGAGCAGAGGAUUGAGCUGACCUCUGACCUCACUUCCCUGUAGCAAGUUCCUUAGGUCCUGAGCCACAAUAUUCUUGCAAAUCCUUUUGCAAGAUAGUUCUGGUGGGGACUGAACUGAUGGGCGUGAGGCAGCUCCGGCCCCAGCUGAGCCCAGAAAACUGUCCCAGGAGCCUCGGUAUGAACAAUACAUGCACAUGACUGUCGGUCCGCUGGAACCACGGCCAGGGAAAAGAUGCUCUCGUCUUUGCUGGCCGAAUUCCUACCACCAAACUCUGCCCAUCUCUAAUUCCUCCCCUGACACUCAGGGUCCCAGUCAAGUUGCAGGCUAGUGAACAGUAAGUACUGCAACCCCCUGGCUUUAAGGUAUCAACUCACCCAACAUACAGUAUCUAGAGCCGGACUCGUUUGUGGCCACAUGACCUAGCAAGCCCUGGAAGCCUGUUUACAGUGGGGCCUUGACUUAGGAGUUUAAUUCCUUCGGAGACCGAGCUCGUUAACUCAAAUUACUCUGUCAACUCAAUGCAAAAAAUCAGCCGAGAGACAGCUGGUAUCUCAAAAAAGACACUCGUAAGUCAAGGCCCCACUGUACAAGUUUUCAAGGAAUGGCCCUUACGAAGCAGGACUGAAAGCAAGGGACCCAGAUCUGCUCCUCCCUUGGGAUUCCUCUGCCCCAGGAGCGGGAAGUGUGAGGUUUCGCACACCCAGAGGCAGCUGCUGCUUAAGACCUGCUUUGUCUGUCUGCCCUCCUCCUCCUCCCUGUCCUCUGGGGCCCGGGGCUCAGGCUCACAGGCGUCAGGCAUUGCCCUGCCUGGCUGGCUCCCAGGCAGCUUCUCUGGGGAGUGUGGCCUGGACAGGUGGGUGUGCAGGCUGGUGACUGUGCCCCCCAGCAAGACGUCCCCCUCACCCCAGAGCUAGCGAAGCUGGUGGGCUUGGCUGGCUCCCAAUUUGGCAGGAAAAAGACGAAGCACCACCAUCCACUCCCCUCCUUGCACGCCACCCGCUCUUCCCAUCUCUGGGCCAGAGGAAAAGUGGGCCUGGGCUGCGGGCCAGGCUGGCUGAUAGCCCAGGACCGGGACCCAGCGCCGCUCCAUUCCGAAGGUCCGCAGGACGGCCGGACGGCGCUGGGAUGGACGCGACUCCAGUGGAAGAGUUGGCAGCACAGUGGCCGGGGGAGGAGGCGGAGGGGCCCAGCGGUGGGAUAUUCUAGUCUCUGCGGCCUGCCCUGCCCAUGGGUGUGAAUUUCUAGAAACUGCAGACUCUGACCUGAAGAGGGCGCCAGAGGACAAAAAUCAGAUCCCCGCUUCCCCCACUGUCUGUGUCCCUGUGUCCUUUAGAAAACGGGGACACUGUUGGCCUCAGCUGGGGGAGCAGGAGUCCUAAGCUGCCAGUGUCCCCAGAGGGGACAGCACCCAGCCGGCGGGACUAGGAAGCAACCCAGCAUCGCAGGACAUUCCAGUGCGGCCCCAGGCCAGGAUCCAAAGUGCCGGGUGCCUGGCCUGCCUCCCUCCCUCAACCACCAAAUGCCUCGCAGACUCACUAGGGGGCCGGCGGGCUGUUGGGCUCCGUGUGGGGUCCCGCCGGCUGGGGACAGACUAUCUUGCUGAAGGUGCGGAGAGGUGAACUGCCCUCCCGUGUCUGAGAAGCCAGCGGCCUCUGCAAUUCCAAACAUCCUUCCCCACCCCCUCCCCUCCUCGCCACGGUAUCCACUCGGACGAUGCAACGGGUGACAUCAAUGAUCUUCUCUCCGUUUCUC